AUGUCAAGUAAUGUCCCCAGGACACCUCCUCUACAAAGGAGGAUGUCCAAUCGAAGUUCCUAUAAAAGUCCUAUGGAAAGCCCUUUAAAAAUGAUGAAGACAAAUUCCAGCAAGAGGAGCCCCAUCAAGACAUCCUCGGCAGAUUACACCAAGGUAGUGGUUAGAUUUAGACCUUCAAUUUUUAGACACGGUGAGUCACAAGAGAUAGUAGACGAUAAUUUGGCUCUGGGCAAAAAGACGGACAGUCAAUUAAUAACAAUAGAGCCCCAUCAGUCGGUUUAUAUUAGUGGAACCUCGUUUUCAGGCAGGUUUACCUUUGAUAGAGUGUUUGGACCUGAGACUUCACAGACAGAAGUAUUUGAUUAUUCAAUCAAUGAGACAGUCAAUGACUUUUGCAAUGGCUAUAACGGUACAAUUUUUGCCUACGGACAGACAGGAUCCGGUAAAACACACACCAUGCUAGGAAAUAUGGACUCCCCUAGUGAAUAUGGAGUGGUGCCAAGGGUAGCUGAUAAACUUUUUGAACAGAUAGCAAAUGGAAGUCCCUCUUCAGAGUACACGGUGAGUAUUGGUGUGCUAGAAAUUUACAUGGAACAACUGCGGGACCUGUUGAACCCCGAUAACAGCAACAAUCUAUGUAUUAGAGAUAGUGGAGCGCUUUCUGAAGGUGUGACUGUCCAACAUUUGGAAACCCGGUAUGUGAGUAGUAAGGAUGAGUUGUUAGGUGCCGUUAUCCUAGCCAAUAAACUGCGGACAACUGGAGUAACCGACGCCAAUGCUGAUAGUUCCAGGUCGCAUGCCAUCUUUCAAAUCAAACUAGCACAACGAUCAUUGGACGACGGGGUUGUCAAAAUCAGUACUUUAUUCUUGGUUGACUUAGCUGGCUCCGAAAGAAUAGCACGUACUGGUGCUACCGGGCAGACCUUGGAAGAGGCCAAGAAGAUCAACACAUCUUUGUCGGCUUUAGGAAAUGUGAUUAAUGCGUUGACCGAUGGUCAAUCCACCUACAUUCCUUAUCGUGAUUCUAAGCUGACGAGAAUUUUACAGGAAUCAUUGGGAGGGAAUGCACGCACAACUUUGAUUGUGAAUUGUUCUCCCGAUCAAGUUGAUGAAGGGGAAUCGGUAUCUGCCUUACGGUUUGGCGCGCGUGCCAAAAGGAUUCAAAAUAAGGCAAGAGUAAACCAAGAGAUUGCAUCUACUGAGCUGCAGAAGCGUUUGGUAACUUUAGAGAGUGAAAACGCUGCGUUGAUACAUCGUGUUGCUGAACUAGAAGAACAAUCAAAGUUGAAGGAAAUCCAGCAGGAAGCUACCAACACCGUCACCGUUGACGCAACCAAGAUAAAGCGACUUGAAUCAUCUGUUUCUCAGCUUGCGAUACGGUUGAAACAAAACGAAGCUAUCACAGAGGAGCUUACUCAGGAACUUGAUCGAGCCCGUGCCAUCAAUGAAAGACGAAAGAUAAAAAUUGAACAACUUGAAAAGGCUAUGCAAGCUCAGCAUGAAGACAUGAUCAUGGAAACUGACAAGUUUGCAAACAAAUUGUCGUAUUUAAAGGCGAGAAUAACAAGUGUUAAGAGGAUGAAUCAGACCCAAGUACCGUACAAUGAAGAUGGUUUACAGCCAGCUGUAAACAUAUACGAAUCACCGACUACACUGGAGGAAAAUGAAGAAGGAUUAGAAUCUCUGUCGAUCAAUGUUUGCAGGUCGCCGGUGCAAUUCUCAAACAAAGCUGGUCUACAUCUUAACAUUGUUAAACCUAUGAGGGGAGGGUCCGCAAAGCCAGCAUGA